GCGAGUGGCUGCCUGAGGGGAGAAGGAGGUGUGUGGAACAGCAGGCUGUUUUCCUUUUGCAGUGCUCCUAGUAAAUAUCUAGUUCUGCAUGCCAAAACAAUAGACAAUUUAAUAUACUGGCGCACUAAACUCUGGUAAUCCGAGGGUUUAUUUAAGUUAUUUCUGGAUUUGUGGGUUGUAAAUUGCAAGAGGACUUUGGUGGAGAAGAGCAGUUUGCAGGGUGGAAGAUAGACAAGCUCACAAUUGCAAUAGGAACAUUACAAUUUGCACAUGCACACUGCGAGAACGAAAGAGACGAGUUGUGUGGACUGGAAGAAAACGGCGUGCUGGAAAGCAGAACAACAAAAAGGAAAACGCGAUUGUCGGUCGUUUUUCAGAGAUAGGGGAGGCAAUGAGACUGGUUUUUAAAGCAACACGAAUAGAAGAAAUAUAAAAAUAUGAGCCUGUUAAUUUUGUGCUUGUGAAUUCGCUGCAAGGGUUUGGAUGUUGCUGCAUGUGUUGAAUUUGAUCGAAUCUACAAGUGUUCCAUGUGUUUAUGUGUCGUUAUAUACACACUUUUCGCGUUCUUUACAAUAACGCAGACUGGAAUGUUUGAAUAAACAAACACGAUUUUUACUCAUAAUACAAAGAAGAAGAAAAAAAAAAAAUUCUGAAGGGAUUACCGUACACAACGAUUCAAGCGCGUUAGAUGUGUUGAUAGUGAAUAUACCGAACACCUUUGUUUUCACGGUGCGGAAACGUAGGUUUCUCGGAGGGAGAGUUACAACAGCGGCUGUUGUAUGUUUCCAAACCUAAACCGCCUCAAAGUUUAAUUAUUUGUAAAACGACUGUUUGGGCACCUUUGACAAGGAAACCAUGCGGGGUAACGUGGAUGGGGAAGGGUUUGAUGGCGAGGCCCCCAAUACUUCAAUGAUUUCUGGGGCUAGUAGUCCAUAUCAACCGACUACCGAGCCGGUCAUUCAAAGACAUGGGCUGGGCGGGAUGCGGUGGGACACGGAGUACCUGAAGUCAAACUUUGGCAUCUUAAAAGUCAUACAAGUGGUUUUGGCAUUGAUUGCCUUUAUUUGCAUAGAGACCAUCAUGGAGUGCUCUCCUUGUGGAGGGCUGUACUUCUUUGAGUUUGUCAGCUGCAGUGCCUUUGUCAUCACCGGAGCGUUACUGCUGGUCUUCAGUCUCAACCUGCACACUAAAGUACCCCAGAUCAACUGGAGCCUCACAGAUCUGGUGAACACUGGAGUCAGUACCUUUUUCUUCUUCCUGGCAUCGAUAGUGCUGGCAGCUCUGAACCAUCGUACAGGUGCUGAGAUUGCUGCAGUGGUAUUUGGUUUCCUGGUUACUGCAGUCUAUGCUUUCAACACAUUCCUGGCUGUGAAGAAGUGGCGGCAAAGUGGUCAGCGACCGAGCACUGUGCAGACCAGCGACUACACGCGCGCCCGGACAGAGUCGCGAGGGGAGGUGGAACCCCGGCCAGAGCUCCAGCGUCUCGAAGCAUGAGUGUUAACAACCACCUUCAGCACCUCACUCCAUAGUUCUCUCUUGUGUCAGAAGCUAGAACUAAGCCACACACCUACCAGGAACCACAAGUUUCCAUUACGGUCGAACAAAAUUAAAUGUAUGUUUCUUUCCUUAGUACAAACCCUAGAAAAUCAAUCCCAUUUGUUUUGUUUUUGCAUGGUAUUUGUUUCUCCUAAACACUACUUGCUAUGUGUCUUUGUGUGCAAUUCACACUGGGAGACCCUUGCCUUUAAGAAUUCAGUACGCAUGCUUUUUUAUGACUAAAAUAAAAGCCUUUGCUGAGUCUGUUUUACAGCUCAUGCUAUCAAGAAAGAUGUCUAACCUUAUUUAUUAAAUAAUGUUUUUAUGCGUUAUGCCUGAAUUCAUGGGAGACAAGGUGUUAAUGUAUUGUUGCCUGGAUACUGCGAACAGUCAAGGUUGCCAGCCACUACAGGACAGUGUUAGGCAGUAACAUGUUUUUAAUUAAGUAAUACAAAUUCUACAGAAGCUGCUGUAGUGACACAGAAAAUGAGAGAUUUUGUAGUUGCAGUGAAAAUGCUCUGAAGGGACCAUCUCACAGUACUUCCUUUCUGUUAGUUUUUAAAAUGGAUUUCUAAAUAUGAAGGACUUUUUAAGGACCUGUUGGUUAGUGAAGAUUUUAAUAACUCAAACUCUAAGUUGUAUUUACUAUAGUGCAGUUAGGUGUAUUUUUAAAAUCUGCAGUACUUUCCAGUGCACACAUAACUGUGCUCCAAAUAUAAUAGGUUUUGAGGCAUUAUGUAAUAUAACCCUUUAAACAUUAACAUUAAGGCUUUCUUCGUUUUUUUUUUGUUUUUUUUUAACAAAAUGGUGACAAUAGUUUUCCACCAGCCUUUACAUAGUUUUAUAAGGACUUUAUAUGAUGGCCUUUACAUUGGUUGUGCUAAUGAUUUUACAUUGAACUUUUCUGGCUUUUGAAGGUUUUUUAACAACUUGCUGUCACCAAAACCAUGUUGUAGAAAAUAUCGAUAGUGUGUUGUGUUCUUUUCCUCGUUUCCCUGUGAUAGUGUGUGCUUUGGAUGCAAUGAUUGUUAGUGGUAGUAGUUGGUGUAGUUUGGUUGAGAAUGAGUCAGUUUUCUUUUGUUUCCCUGUGAUACAGUGUGUGCUUUGGACGCAAUGCGUAUUUGUAUAUAUUGAUUCUGUUAAGGCUGCAGGAAUCUACAGUAAAUUAGUUGCAGUGUCAUUGUAUUUAUUGGUCUGCGUAUUCUUAAUCAUUGAAAUUAUUUUAGUCCAAAAUCUGUUUGAAGGAUUUCAAAAAACGUUUCUUGCUUCACGUAGGGUACCUUGCAUUUCAGUUUCGAAGCACUGUGGAUGUUGGUACCAGAUCCAGUUCAUGAAUCAAUGUAACCAUGUUUCUAGGUAUUUUGAUGUAGUUCUCUGUUUACUUAAAACACCAUCAGUUUUUUUUUUUUUUUUUUUUUGUAAUCAUCAGUAUUUUAAAUCUAUUUAUUUCUUUUUGUUUUUAUUAAAUUAUAUUGCAUUGAAUAUACAACAAACAAAAUUUUUUCAGAAGUAGCUUUGCCUGUGUUGAGUGGUUUAAUAAUGUUAAGCAGUUAUGUGUCAUUGGCCAAUGGAACUGCAAAACUAGAAGUAAACAACUUGUAUGAUAGAGCCCUUGAAUUAGAGUAGUUUAUUUUAAGUUUUGCAAUGUUAAUGGUAAGGUGAUGGACUAAAUACACACACACACACACACACACACACACACACACACACACACACACACACACACACACACACACACACACACACACACACACACACACACACACACACACACACCACACACACACACACCACACCUGCUUGAAGUUCAUUGAACACUCCUGUAGGAUGUUGUGUAUUGAACAUUAUGAACGUAACCUGUUGUACACCUGGUCAUUGUUAUUGCCUGCUUUUUGUUCAACCCUGUACAGGCUACUAUUUUAUAUUGGUGCAUUUGAUAAGCUAUCUUUACUAGCUUAUUUGUACUAUGGUGGACAGAGGAACCAACCAAGACCUUGAUCUUGCUAUAGUGUCUGCUGCCAAUUUAUGAAUAGGGCAGCUAUUGGAAGAAAAUGUGAUUCCAUUCACUACCACAAGGAGGAGCUGUUCAAUAGUUGUAUGCAGUGUGUACUGUGUAAUACACAGGUAUUUAUCUAAAUAGCAUUUUUAUCCUUGGCAUUAAAAUGUUAAACUGUACCAUGUCUACACACAGUCUCCUAUCUUUUUUUUCACUUCAUUUUUUCAUUAAAAUAUACUUCUAUCACUUUUCAGCCAGUUUUGUAUGGACGAGGCUACAGCUUGUUUUAGAAUUUUGUAAAGUUUACAUAGAAAAGCUUUCAUUGUGCUGUCUUUUCCAUGUAAUUCUGUGGCAUGAGGUUGCUAUGGCAGAGAACUGUACAUUUCCGCAGUGCUUGUUCAGGGUGUAGAGACAUGGGCAUAACAACUUGCCAAAUAGAUUGUUUUUCAUGUACAUUAGUUCCAGUAUAAUGUGGGAAUGUUUCUCUCAUAGUGAAUUUCAGUCUGAACCUUUUCUUUCUCCGAAACAGUGCUGAUAUCUGGAUUUUUGUAUUUAUAGAAGUUUUAAUGUUACUGAUCACUGGUUACAUUUCCUUUGUUUGUGAUGCUUCAUUGUCUUUCAAUAAAUGUAUCCUUG